UAGCAAUUGAUGUUCAAGCCGGAUGUGUAUGGUGAGAAUUUUGUUUUGAUUGGAGUUUUCCGGUGACCGAUUCGACGAAAAAAUGGAGGAUGUUGGUGAUCGAAAAACACCGAUCAUAGUCAACGAAACAAAGGAUAAUUCUUCUGGUGAAGAGAAUGCCAAACAGUCAGAUUCAACCUUGUCUUCGGACGGAGUUGACUCGGAUGACCCUUCACCUGACCAGCAUUCGGACUCUAGCUCCGAUGUUAUCCGUCUUAUUACAUCCACCAGGAACCUGCUACGUGCUUCUUUGACGUCAUCAACUGAAGAUCAUCCUUUUAAAACAGGACCUGAUGAAUUGAAUCCAGAGGUGGAUAUUCCAUCGCCGAUAGAAAUGGAUACUGAAUGUAGUCCGGUUGUAUAUGUGACACAAGAUGUGGUGGAAUCUAAAUUUGAUGAUAUAUCCUCUGCAUGUGAGCCCACAACCUCUAGUAACGAAUGCCUCGAUCCAAGUCAAGUGUUCCGUGAUGACCCACCACAAAGCGAAGACCUCCCAUCCUCCGAACUGCAGCCAGAUUUACAAAAACCUACUAAAACACCCCUAUUUUUGGAGCAAGUGAAUAUUCCCAGGCGUCAAACGGAACAUUUCAAAAGUUCAUCAACCACAGGAGACUAUCAAGUUUCCUCGCGUGUUUGUGAAAAGGAAUCGGUUGCCGCACUACCCGAUUUUCUUCCCUAUUCUCAAAGAACCCAGGGAUCCAUGAAACGUAGUAAG